CUCGAAGUGUCCCUCUUACAACAUUACAAAGUUUGCAGCACUUGGCACUUGGCACAUAAUAGAACUUCAAAGGAAAAGCUCAGACAGUAUCCAUGGCUUUCCAAGCAGCCCUUUCCCUUCCUUCUGCUAUCUCCAUUCUCAAAGAGGGGAAGUCUAAUAUUUCUCUCAAGGAGACAGGCCUGUUUGGAGUUUCAGUCUCAGACCUCAAAGCUGAAAUCAAGUCUCCUCUGUUAAGGAGCCAGGAAGUUGGAAAAAGGAAACUGCAAGUUGGAACCAUUAGAGCCCAAACAGCAACGACAGCUCCAGCAAUCAAACAGGCUGCACCAGAAGCAAAGAAAACUUUGAGAAAAGGCAAUGUGAUAAUCACUGGGGCAUCCUCCGGGUUGGGCCUAGCCACAGCCAAGGCUUUAGCUGAAACAGGGCAAUGGAACAUAAUUAUGGCAUGUAGGAAUUUCCUCAAGGCUGAGAGAGCUGCUAAAUCAGUUGGCAUGGCCAAGGAGAAUUACACUGUUAUGCAUCUCGAUCUUGCCUCCCUUGACAGUGUCCGGCAAUUCGUAGAUAACCUCCGUCGUCGGGAUACACCGAUUGAUGUGCUGGUUUGCAAUGCUGCUGUCUACCAACCCACGGCUAAGGAGCCGUCUUUCACAGCUGAGGGAUUUGAACUGAGCGUAGGGACAAACCAUCUGGGACACUUCCUCCUUUCCCGGCUGCUGCUUGAUGACCUGAAGCAAUCAGAUUACCCAUUCAAGCGUCUCAUCAUUGUUGGCUCCAUCACAGGUAAUACAAACACCUUGGCUGGAAAUGUGCCACCUAAGGCAAACCUUGGGGAUCUGAGAGGUCUUGGAGGAGGCUUGAAUGGACUAAACAGCUCAUCCAUGAUAGAUGGAGGAGAUUUCGACGGUGCCAAGGCCUACAAAGACAGCAAAGUCUGCAACAUGCUCACCAUGCAAGAAUUCCACAGGCGCUACCAUGAGGAGUCAGGAAUCACCUUUGCUUCUCUCUACCCUGGUUGCAUUGCUACAACAGGCUUGUUCAGGGAGCACAUACCCCUCUUCAGGCUUCUCUUCCCUCCUUUCCAGAAGUACAUCACCAAAGGCUAUGUUUCUGAAGAGGAUGCUGGGAAAAGACUUGCACAGGUUGUGAGUGAUCCAAGCCUGACAAAAUCGGGUGUUUACUGGAGCUGGAACAAGGAUUCAGCCUCAUUCGAAAACCAGCUUUCCAAAGAAGCCAGUGAUGCGGAGAAAGCGAGAAAGCUGUGGGAGAUCAGUGAGAAGCUAGUUGGAUUGGCAUAAAUGAGAAGCUAAGGAUAAAUUUUCUCAACAAUUUAGUCAAAUGAUGUAUCUUAGAGAGUCUCCAGCUUAAGUACCCCAGAGAUGUUUCCCCUUGCAAAUGUAGAAAAUUUGAAUUUGCAUGAGACAAUAAACCUAUGUAUAUACCUGAAGAUGGUCUCUCACAGUUUCUCAUUUCUA